AUGAGCAUGCAUAUGAUUACUAUCUUUCUCAAUAUCUUUAACUUUUCUUCUUUUUAUCUUUUGAGCCCUAAUUCCCUCUACAAUGUACCAUAUGAGCUCAAUAUCAAUACGGACAAUAACAAAUGCGUUAUGGCCAGUGUUUGUGGAUCUGUCCUAGUGGCUAUAACAACUCGAAUUACACAAUGUGUCCUUCCUAGUCACUACAACAACUCAGGAUUCCACAUUGUUUCCAUCCUAAUCGCUUCAACAACUCAGGAAACUUCAACAUCAUAUAAAUCACCAAAUAACUCUGAUCUCAGUAUACAGUACUCACUAGUUCCAAUUCAUAGUGAUGGGACCACUGUGAGACUUCGUGAGAGUGUCCUUAUAAGACCGGAUCAGCCGCAGAAAUUCGCAAACGUGCACAAAGUAUUCGGUGCCAGCAACGUCACCAAACUCCUCAACGAGUUGCAAGCCCACCAGAGGGAAGAUGCAGUGAAUUCUCUAGCUUAUGAGGCCGAUAUGCGACUCCGGGAUCCAGUAUAUGGCUGCGUUGGAGUCAUUUCUCUUCUCCAACACCAGCUCCGCCAGCUUCAGAUGGACCUCAGUUGUGCCAAAUCCGAGCUGUCCAAAUAUCAGAACCUAGGUAUAACUGGCCACGGCCUCAUCGCAGCUGCUGCAACCGCCACCCACCACCACCAGCAGAACUUCGGAAUCAACUUGAUUGGCGGCGGUGUAGGAUCAAGGGACCACCCUUUCCACCACCAGUUCUUCCCAAGUAAUCAGCAGCAAGUUAUUAGGUCAUUUGAUGGAGAAAAUGGAUAUGAUGCCAGUAGCCUUCUUGCCAUGAAUGUUUCAGCAAGCAUUGGCCAUUUGAGCCAGUUUCAGUAAUCCAAGGCUACUGGGGCAGCCGACGGCCUGCUCACGCCGGUCGAACCCUCUUAGCUAAAAUUUCUGGUGCAAUAGCCACCCUCUUCUAAUUAAAAGCCAAGAAUCAAUCAUAGGACAAUGUGAAAAAUUCAAUUAUUGUUGUUGUUAUUUAGUUUUCUUGAUUUCAAGGCUACAAACAUUAAU